UCAAAAUGGCUUUCUGUGUGUAUGUGCUGCUUCUGUGGUUUGCCGGUGCCGCCUUCAAAAGUACACUUGCAGCCCCGCGUACUUUUGAGAUCGACUACAAGAACAACUGUUUCCGCAAGGAUGGAGACCCAUUCCGCUACAUCUCUGGCAGUAUCCAUUAUAGCAGGAUUCCGAGGGUCUACUGGAAGGACCGAUUGCUCAAGAUGUACAUGGCUGGUCUGAAUGCAAUUCAAACGUAUGUUCCCUGGAACUAUCAUGAGCCAGUUCCCAAUCAGUACAUCUUCAGUGGAGACAGAGACUUGGAGUACUUCCUUCAGCUGGCCAAUGAUAUUGGCUUUCUGGUUGUUUUGAGACCAGGACCAUAUAUAUGUGCAGAAUGGGAUAUGGGUGGACUUCCUGCUUGGCUGCUCAAUAAAACUGAUAUAGUUCUUCGAUCCUCUGACCCAGAUUAUAUAAGAGCUGUGGACAACUGGAUGGGUAAUCUGCUUCCAAAGAUUAAACCAUUCCUCUAUCAGAAUGGAGGCCCAAUUAUUACAGUUCAGGUGGAGAAUGAGUACGGGAGUUACUUCGCAUGCGACUACAACUACCUUCGCCACCUUACUCAGCUGUUUCGCCACCAUCUGGGCAAUGAGGUGGUGCUGUUCACCACAGAUGGAGCAUCGGUUGGUUUCCUUAAAUGCGGUUCCUUGCAGGACCUCUAUGCAACAGUGGAUUUUGGCCCAGGUGGAAAUGUAACAGCUGCCUUCGCUGCACAAAGAUAUGCUGAGCCCCAUGGUCCUCUGGUCAACUCGGAGUUUUACACAGGCUGGCUCGAUCACUGGGGGGAGCACCACUCUGUCGUGUCUGCGUCCAUUGUGGCAAAGUCCCUCAAUGAAAUUCUUGAAGCAGGAGCCAGUGUAAAUCUAUACAUGUUUAUUGGAGGAACAAAUUUUGGAUACUGGAAUGGUGCCAACACCCCCUAUGCACCCCAGCCCACCAGCUAUGACUAUGAUGCCCCCCUUACCGAAGCUGGAGAUCUCACAGGAAAGUACUUUGCCAUACGCCAUGUGAUACAACAGUACAAAAGCAUACCAGAAGGCCCAGUACCACCAUCAACACCAAAGUACGCGUAUGGAGCUGUCAAAAUGAACAAGCUGAAGACCUUGUCUGAAGCUUUAGACACAGUGUCAUUCUCCGGUCCUGUGAAAACCAUCUACCCUCUGACUUUCACUGACAUUAACCAGCACUUUGGAUAUGUGCUGUAUCGCACCAAGUUACCCAUGAACUGCAGCACACCCACCCCUCUUUCUUCACCACUCAACGGAGUUCGUGAUCGUGCCUAUGUUUCUGUGGAUGGUGUUGCAGCGGGUGUCCUUGAAAGAGACAAGUAUAUAACCAUCAAUAUCACAGGGACGGCCGGGAGUCAACUGGAUGUCCUGGUGGAGAACAUGGGGCGAGUGAACUAUGGAAAGGGCAUCAAUGACUUUAAGGGGUUGACGUCCAACCUGACCCUCAAUUCUAAGGUGCUCACAGACUGGCUGGUCUAUAGCCUGAGUAUCGAUGAGGCAGUGAGUCAGGGCCUGCUGACAGGAAGCCAAACAGAGGAGAUGUGGAGCACCCUGGUCACACCCCUCUCUGCGCCUGCGUUCUAUAGCGGCACUUUCAGCAUCCCAAAUGGUAUACCAGACCUGCCUCAAGACACAUACAUUGAGUUUCCCGGCUGGACCAAGGGACAAGUCUGGAUGAACGGCUUCAAUUUGGGUCGGUAUUGGCCGAAAAGAGGUCCCCAGCUCACGCUGUAUGUCCCUGCUCAUGUGCUGAGUACGGACGCUCCCAACAAUGUGACCUUGCUGGAACUAGAGUCCGACCCUUGUUCCUCAGGAUCCUGCACUGUACAGUUUACCGCCAUCCCUGUCAUCAACAGCACAGUAGCCCACACCACAGCCCACGCGUUUCACAGCUUUUUCCACAAAGGUGACUUAUUGUGAUUCACUGUAGGUGUUCUUCAGUACUACAGUUUCGUUGAUUUGAACAUGCCACUAGAAAUUGGCUUUCAUAUUAGGUGAUUUGGGGUUCUUGUGUUUCUCAUGGAAGGAAAUCAAAAUCAGCUUUUACAGUUUUUAACUCAUGUCCUGUUACUGUAAUAAAUUCAUGAAAUUCAAGGUGUUACACAAUCGAAGGAUGGAGUUCAAUUCUGGCUGGCUUUUAACAAUUAUUUAUACAAAGGGAAUGCAUUUUUUAUUACACCCUUAUGACUCAGUAGUCUAGUUUUAUCUAAAUGUUUUGAAUUUGUUUGUUCUGGAUUUUUAAAAUGAUUAGGAAAGCAGACUUGUAACUGGAAGUUUCACAUGUAAAGCAUUUCCGGAGAACAUAUGAUGUUAUUUCACAACCAGAGUAAUUACACUGAAACUUUUGUCAAACCUUGGAACACUUUUUUGUGUUUAUAAAUGAGAGGUUCAUGGAACAGUAAAUGCUCAGCAUAGAAUUAUUUUGUAAACAAUGUCAGUAACGUAAAAAUAUUGCCAAAAAGUUCAAAUGUGAUUUUGAUACGAGCACCAAACAAAAUCUACUUAAGUAGAUGUUUAUAUGUGAAAGUGUGCUUUUUAGAAAAUAUUCCUCUUCUGUUUUGGUAAAUAUAAGUGCCUUUUGUAGCAGGUUUAGGGUAUGAAUGAGCAGUCUAACUGCUCUGCAACCUGCUGUCUAUUACUGUUCAAUGGAGGGAGCUUUUCCUUUUUUGCACAAAAAAUAUUGCACAAAUGGCAAACCUGCAGAAAUCCUUGUGUGUUUACUGUUAGAGCAGAAUAUGAAACUUUGCUGCUGACACUUGUAAUGGUGAGAUGACAGUUGGUUGAAAGCCAAAAACUGUGGGUUUUGCACCUGUUAACCACUGUCAGUUUUUUUUUUUUUUUUUUUUUUUCUCUCUCCCCCCUUAUAGGUAUGUAUUAAAGGUAACAUUUACUGUUGUCAAAUUAAUUCUACCAUAUUUUUUUCUUCACAGUACUUUACAGUUAAUGUUGAAAUUCAUUUUUCAGUUCUGCAAUAUUUUGACACUGGGUUAAAAAUAUGCUGUGUUGGGCAGAUAUACAAGAAAAAUUUUUGAUGCACUUUCAGAUGGAAACAUUGUUGUUCCUAGUGUCUUUGCUUUCUAUCAUUGUUCUGUUUUCCAUGGGAGACCAAAUAAACACUGCAUGAAAAAGGGC